GAGGCAAAUGAAAAAUCCGAACCAGAGAGAACAAAAUUUGAGUCUGAGUUCCAAAGAAUCUUCCGAGUCCAAGAUUUGAUAGUCACAGUACUGAUCACAAUGUCUUGUAGAGGCGAAGGCAGGUUUUAACAUUUCCAUCUCGUUUUGGUAUCAAAUUCCACCAUUCAGUUUGACUAAGCACGGACCCGCCGCUUUCAAGCUCACAGAUUGGUUUAAAAACCAUUACAUAUAUAUAUAUAUAUAUAUAUAUAUUUAUAUGUCACUCUGUUUCGUUUCAAUGCUGAUGUGUUUGGGGUUAGUUGAAUAUUAAAAGUUGUUACCUUAACAUAAAGGAAACCCCCAUGCGAUUCUGACAUUCGUUUACCCAGAUUUUUGGAGAGGACGUUACCAGAGGGCAAAGCAAGUUAAAGCGUCUCGAAGCAUGAUGUUGUCUUUGUUCCGGAACUUUUCUGCUUCAACGUGUUGCUUCUUUUAAGGUUAUUUUCUCUGGGACUUUGGCAUACGCGCUGUUUCUGAGGUUGGUCCUUUUGAGCGAAGGAACAUUCGGUUCGGGAUGUUCAUGGUUUCUGGGUUCAACAGAGCUGGCUUCUUGUUUGGUUCACUGAUUACGAAGCAUUCGUUAGAAGCUUUUUAGAUAUCAAGUAGCAUCCGAAAUCCAUAAGAUCAUACAUUUCUGCUCUCUUAGCUUUGCAGCGUCUAUGACAACUUUCAAUUUGGUGUUCCAAGAUGCAAAGAAAGAGUGAUGAUGGACGGAGUCCGAGGUGAACGAGAUGAAUUCAAGAAGUCUCCAUCGCUGCAUUCCUCACCUUCAGCUGUUGCUGUAGCCAUCAGGGGUAACAAGAAAAGCAAGCAUGUGGUACAAUGGGCACUGGAUAAAUUUGUUCCCGAGGGAAGAAUUAUGUUUAAGCUGAUACAUGUCCAUUCUGCAGCUGCUUUUAAGAAGGAAAUGGAGUGGCAGACAAGUGUAAUGCUCCUACCUUACAAGAAAAUGUGUGAGCAGAGAAAGGUUCAUGUUGAUGUUGUAGUGAUUCAAUCUGAUGAUAUAGAAACUGCAAUAGCAGAGGAAGUUGCUAGAGGUUCUAUAACCGACCUGGUUAUAGGGGCUUCAUCUCAUGCCAUAUUUACUAGUAAACUGAAGGGUUUGUCUGCAAAAAUCUCGUCAUGCGCUCCAAGAUUUUGCACAGUUUAUGCUGUUUCCAAAGGUAGACUGUUUUCUUCACGGCCAUCAGACAUAGAGAUUGAUGGAAGCUUAAUAGAUGACAGCAGUGAAACCAGUUGUUCAACCAAUAGCUCAUUGAACUCUGCAUCCACCUCUCAGAUAGACUAUGGCUCAGUCAGAUCAUAUGCUCCGACACAUUCCUCUUCCCUAGCGGCACAGAGAUAUCAAGCUCUUUCAACCAUUAAUCUGACCCGUCAGAGCGCAAAAUCUGGUUCAAUUGAAAAUAACCACUCUAGAAGCCAUUCUCUAGACCUUGGCAUAGAGCAAACUGCUAUAUAUUCUUCUUCCAAAAACUCAGAUAUUGACAAUGCUUUGAGCCGGGCCUCUAGCUGCAAAAGCAAUCUGUCAGAUGGUGAAUCUUGGAAUUAUUAUCAAAAUCCCACCAUGGAUGCACCACUGGCAACGGUGUCGCCUGAUAAGCAGGAAAAUUUUUACCUUGAGCUGGAAAAGUUGAGAAUUGAACUAAGGAAUGCCCAAGGAAUGCACGUGGUGGCUCAAAGUCAGAAUAUUUAUGCAUCACAAAUGCUGAACAAUCUCAGUAAGAAGAGAACAGGGGAAUCUAUGAAAUUGAAGGGAAUUAUUGCUAAGGAGAACAUGGCCAAAAAAUUAAUAAUAAAGGAGAGAGAGAAAUGUGAGGCAGCAGAAAGAGAAGCUGCUUAUUUGAAAAGAAGUGCUGAAGAGGAAGCCAUUGAAAGAAUAGAAGCAGAGAAAAAAGCUGUCGAAGCUGCCAAAAGGAAUGAAAAUCUAGAGGAUGCUCUCAGUGGUUCCACGCCUCAUUAUAAGAAGAUUGCAUGGGAUGAAAUAGUUUCAGCCACCUCAUCAUUUUCUGAAGAGCUUAGAAUUGGAAAGGGAGCUUGUGGAACAGUGUACAGGUGCCAUCUGUAUCAUACUUCUGUGGCGGUAAAAAUUCUCCACUCUAAUGAGGACCACAUUAUCAAGCAACUCCAGCAAGAGCUAGAAAUACUGAGCAGAAUUCGUCAUCCAAAUUUACUUCUCCUUCUUGGGGCAUGCCCUGAUCAUGGAUGCCUUGUGUAUGAAUACAUGGAGAAUGGUAGCUUAGAGGACAAUUUACUCGGAAAUAGAUGUAAUAUCUCGAUUCCAUGGUUCAAGAGGUACAAAAUUGCAUGGGAAAUAGCCUCUGUUCUUGCCUUUCUUCAUAGCUCGAAGCCCAAACCUAUCAUCCAUCGUGAUCUGAAACCUGCGAACAUCUUGCUAGAUGAAAAUCUUGUGAGCAAGAUUGGCGAUAUUGGCCUUUCUACAUUACUCCAUUCAGAUACUUUGUCUACAACAUUCAAGGACACAGACCCUGUUGGGACGCUCUCCUACAUAGAUCCUGAGUACCAAAGGACAGGGUCAAUAUCUCCCAAAUCUGAUGUUUAUGCUUUUGGAAUGGUGAUCCUCCAAUUGUUAACUGCAAAACCAGCUAGAGCACUGGCUCAUUUAGUAGAAACAGCAAUUGACAAGGGAAACUUAGCAGAAGUGUUGGAUCCCAAAGCAGGGAGUUGGCCACUUCAGGAGACUUUGGACUUAGCUCGAUUAGGCCUAAGCUGCGCAGAACUUCGGCGUAGAGACAGGCCUGAUUUGAAAGAUCAUGUACUCCCCAUGCUGGAGAGAUUAAAAGAAGUCGCUGAUAAGGCUCAGCAUUCUGCCACAAUUAUUACUGUUAAAUCGAGACCUCCUAAUCACUUUAUCUGCCCAAUACUUCAGGACGUGAUGGAUAAUCCUUGUGUUGCUGCUGAUGGUUAUACUUAUGAUUACAAAGCAAUUGUAACAUGGCUGCAAAGAAAUGACAAAUCACCAAUGACAAAUAUGCCAUUGCCUCAUAAGAAUCUGAUUCCGAAUUACACGCUUCUAUCUGCUAUUAUGGAGUGGAAAUCCAAAGAAAACUGAUACAAACGAACUUAAUUGUCAGUUUCAAUGUUGUUAUGUUGGAUAGUAGUGUCUAUAUAUGUGAAUAGAUUAUUUGUUACAGAACAUGUUUAGAUUAAUAGUUCAAUGGCAUUUUCAAUGUUUUUCAGUUAUUUUGCUUUCUAA